AUGUACUCGCCGGUCAAGUCGCCCAUUGUGGACGUUACGGAAACAUUAUCGCUGCAAAGUGAACUCGAUAUGGAUAUGGAGCCUGUUGUUUGCAGUGCAAACUAUAUGGCGUCCACACACAAUCUGCGCUUGCCGCUGCCUGGCCUAACUUUUCCCAGUCUGCUGGCCAGUAAGCACAAUGGCAAUAUGGCAGCCAGCACUUUGCCCGCCUUCGAGUAUAUUGCACCACCGAAUCACGCGCUACAGAGCUUGGAAUUUCCGCUCAUGGAGCUUAAUCGUGUCGGCAUGUUUCCGGGCUUCUUGCAUCGACGCGCACGUGGCGAGAAGCGUCCCAUACCGGAUGCCCAAAAGGAUGACAAGUAUUAUGAGCGACGCAAGCGCAACAAUGAGGCGGCCAAGAAAUCUCGUGAUGCGCGCAAGAUACGCGAGGAUCGCAUUGCCUUUCGGGCAGCCCUGCUCGAGCAGGAGAACUCUCUACUGCGUGCUCAGGUCCUGGCGUUACGUGAUGAAUUGCAAACUGUGCGCCAAUUGCUCGGCGCCACAGCCGGCGGCCUUUUGGGCGUGGGUGUGGGCGUGGCCAGGCAAGCGUAG